AUGAAAGGAGUUUACAGUAAAUAUUAAUAAAUUUUCCACUUAAUUUGUAAUUUCCGUAGACGGGUAUAUAUACAAACGACGGACGAAGCCUCAAACGAACCCUCGUAACCUCACUUUUCCCUCGCAAUUGGCUGUGCCUGUCUAUCUCACUCAACCCGCCGCCAGACAGCCGGGGAGAGGCCUACACUGGCCGGAGAACUGGGGACUCCUCUCUUUGCUCUUCUCGACUUUUCCAUCUUUCGAUCCUUUUCCUUGUUCGGGCGAAUCUCCUGGCGAGCAAGAACAAGCAGUUAAACAACAGUGCAAGAGCGAAAGCCUUCUCGACAGUGGAGGGAACCAAGUAGAGAUUAUAGAAUUGAUAUUAGGGUCUCAGAAAGAGGAUUUGGCCAAGUGAGUUGGUCUGUGCAAAAGAUCGUUGAGUUCGCCACUUCCCAAUGACCGGAAAGCUCCUAGACGAGAAACCUGAAGAAAUAGUGGCAGUAUUUGAUGAGGACGACGAUGAUGAUGACGAAGAGCAGAAUUCUGGCUGGGACGAAUGGAAGGACGAUGAUGGAGAUGCCGAUGAACGAGAAUGUCUUUGUUUGUUUUGUGAUCUCAAAUGGAGUUCAGUCAAUGCACUCUUUGACCAUUGUGCGUCAAGUCAUGCCUUUGAUUUCAUUGGUAUCCAGAGGUCUUUGGACUUGAGUUUUUAUGAAGCAUUUAAGCUCAUCAAUUAUGUGCGUUCACAGGUAGCAGAAAAUAAAUGCUGGGCCUGUGGUGUGGCAUUAACAUCCAAGGAAUCCCUCCAAAAGCAUUUACACGAGGCAAACACCUUUGUGAAAGGUGGAGGUUUCCCUUGGCAGGCUGACAAAUAUCUACAACCUUUCAUGAAAGAAGAUGCACUAUUGCACAGUUUUGCUGAAGAUGAUGUCUCCGAGGAUGAUAGCCAAUUGGAUGUUGACCGUGAGGAAUUGAUUAGAGAGAUUGCAAAUAUUGAAGCUCUUGCUAAGUGUUCCAUUAAUGGUGAUGAUUAUGCAUCAAAUUUAGUCCAAGUUGAUAUCAGCUGUGACACUAAAGAUGCUAUGGAAGAUUCUGCUGCCAGGGAUGGAUCCUCAUGCUUGGCAAAUCAUUUGGAUGUUGCAGUAGGUGAUGGUGCUUUCUCAGCUUGUACUAACGUUACAGAGAAACCAAGGUCUAAGAACCUGAGAGUGUCUUCUGCAAAUGUUGCUGCAAGGAAGAUUAGAUCUGUGAAUGAGAAUUAUUUUGGAUCAUAUGGUUCUUUUGGCAUUCACAGAGAGAUGCUCGGUGAUAAGGUCAGAAUGGAUGCAUAUCAAGGAGCAAUUUCAUGUAAUCCAUCUCUCUUUCAUCAGGCAACUGUUAUGGAUAUUGGUUGUGGAACUGGGAUACUCAGUCUGUUUGCAGCUCAAGCAGGAGCUUCAUUUGUACUAGCUGUUGAAGCAAGUGAACAUAUUUCUAAAAUGGCUCGUCAGAUUGUGAAAGACAAUGGCAUGUUAAGGGUGGAUACUGAGGACCAAGAUCCUGGAAAAUCUUCUGGAGUCAUAAAGGUGGUCUGCAGCAUGGUUGAAGAUCUUGACCAGUUUGUUCAAGUGCCACAUAACAGCAUUGAUGUCUUAGUGAGCGAAUGGAUGGGAUAUUGCCUGAUGUAUGAAUCAAUGCUUAGUUCAGUUCUUUUUGCACGUGAUAAGUGGCUGAAGCCUGGUGGUGCAAUUCUGCCUGACACUGCAACCAUAUUUGUAGCUGGCUUUGGAAGAGGGGGCACGAGUAUCCCUUUCUGGGAAAAUGUGUGUGGUUUCAAUAUGUCAUGCAUAGGCAAAGUGGAUGCAGAGGAUGCUUCGCGGACUCCUAUCAUCGACAUUGUGAAGAGCCAAGAUUUGGUGACUGACUCAGUGGUCCUUCAUGAAUUUGAUCUGGUGACCAUGAAGCUUGAGGAAAUGGAUUUCACUGCGAAUGUUGAAUUAAGACCCAGAGCAGGUCAACCGGGGAACUGCUAUGAUGCUGAGUCCUUACAUGAUAAGGCGACGCCAUCAAAAAGUGUUGUGUGUUAUGGGCUUGUUCUGUGGUUUGAGACUGGUUUUACUAGCAGAUUCUGCAAGGAGAUGCCCACUACUCUAUCCACAUCACCUUAUACGCCAAAGACUCACUGGUAUCAGACCCUCCUCACUUUCAGGGAACCAAUUCCCAUGUACUCGGAACCAGCUUAUACUUCAUCUGCAUCUGACAUUGGCACAGAUGCAAAUCUUGCUGCAAAAAUCAUAUUGCGUAUCAGCAUUGCCCGAGCUGUACGACACCGGAGCAUUGACAUAUCAGUAGAAACAUCAGCAGUUACCGUGGAAGGUCGGAAACUUCGAUAUCCGGCACAGAUUUUUAAUCUGUGACAGAAUCAUUGGUUUUUAUUGUAAUAGCUCUCUCUCUCUCUCUUUUCUCAUAGGCAUGCACACAUGCAGUUGUUUAACUAUAUUUAGAAAUUAUGAAAUUAAUUACUCUUAUUUGCUUGA